AGAUUCACGUGAGAAUUGGGUCAGUCAGACGUGUUCCGAUCUGUAACAAACUACACUAUGAAGUUCGUUGUGGCGUUGUUGGGCGUUUUAUUUCUAGCCGUUACGGCAGACGCUGGUGCGUCAAUGCACAAUCCAUUUUACUGUUAUGCAACGGAUCCCAUCCGUCCAAUGACGAAUAUGGCAUCCGUAUUCACCAGCUAUGAGGCGAUUCGUCGGUUCAAUUUCACAACUGUAAAUCCGUACCGAUCAACUUGUACUCCGUCGAGAUUCUGGUACAUGGGACGAUAUGGGGCACGUUUCCCUCAUCCAAUUGGAAUGGAAGAGAUGAUUGACUUCGCAGAAUCUUCGGUUCAGGGUGAUAUUGUCAGUAACUAUGAGGCAGGCAGAACCAGUUUGUGCAGACAGGAUUUUGAGAUGAUUCGCGAUUUUUCCAUGGAAAACGAUUUUGCAUCCGGUUUCCAUCUCGGAAAUGCUAGUUUGGUCACUGAUUCCGGAAUCAUCGGAAUCCAGAAUAUUGCCAGGCGUUACCAGGAGAAUUUCCCCGAUAUUUUCCCCACAACAUAUAGCCCUGAACGUUUCCUGUUCCGUCAUACCCAGUCUGUGCGCACCAACCAAUCUGCUCGUGCCUUUGCUAGCGGUCUGUUUGGUGAAGCAGGAGCCCAGAAUGUUGUUUACGAGGAUGUGCCAGAAAGGGAUUGGUUCUUGAGACCAUUUGACUUCUGUCCGGCAUUUAAUGACGAAGUAUCCGAUUGGGAUGCUCAACGAAACGCCUUCCGUGAUGGACCUGAAAUGCAAGAGCUCAUUGAACAAGUCAACAGAAGAUUAGGCUUCCAUGCAGAUCAAUUGAACUUCCAGCAAAUUGUUGAUAUGUGGGAUUGGUGUCGAUUUAAGACAGCCGCUUAUUUCGAAGAAUCCGGUUCGGAGACAGGCACCCACUGUCCUUGGUGCGCUGCAUUCUCGGUAGCUCAUCAUCUGAUACUGGAAUACUGGGAAGAUUUAGGUCAUUUCUACUUCAGCGGAUAUGGAGUACGAAAUCAACGCUUGCUUGAAAACCUUAACUGUGGUGUUAUGCAGGACCUAAUCAAUCACAUGCAAUCCGACUCUCCCCAAGUAGCUCGCAUUUACAUGAGUUACACUCAAGAAGUUCAGCUGCUAUUGGUCCUACUCGGCUCAUUCAGAGACACCUGGCCGCUUCAUCAACACAAUUAUGCUCAACAAGCAGCACGAAAUUGGCUAACCAGUCUGAUCGCACCAUUCGGUUCAAAUUUAGCAGUCGUUCGUCACGAUUGUGAUGACGGUGACCACGAUUUAAUUUUCUAUUUGAAUGAGAGACCAAUAUUGGUUCCCGGCUGCGAUCAACAAAACGGUGUAUGCAAGUUGAGUGUCAUUGUGGAACGGUUCCAACGAUUCGUCGGUGUCAAUUGCGAGGAAGUAUUCUGCAGUAACUUGUAAAGUACCUUUUGAUGCGAACAUGCAGCAUCAAUUUCUGUACGCUGCGUUUUUUGCUGUCCUUUGCUAUUUUUCGACCCAAUAAAGAUACAAUUAUCAAACACAAGUUACGU